AUGUCUGGCUGGGACGCUUACAUUCAAUCGAUCGUUGGCAGAAGCCCAGCUAUUAAGCGCGUAGCCAUUAUCGGCACCGACGGUUCGGUCUGGGCAAGAACCGAGGGCGAAAAUACGUUCAAGGCGUCUGAGGCCGAGUUAAAGAAGUUUGCGGCUCUUUUCGACAAGAUCGAUUCUGUGCCAUCGACUGGUGCUGACUUGGAAGAUGUUCACUACAUCGUUCCACGCACAGAGGAGAAUUUGAUCUUCGGAAAAAAAGAUAAGAAAGGCUUCUUCGCUUCAAAGACCAAAUCUGCAAUCAUCAUCGCAAUUUACGAGGGUGAAAACGAAGUCUCAUCUGCUGUUCGUUCUGCGGUCGAGACCAUCGGCCAAUAUCUCAUCCAGACCGGCUACUAA